UUCAGUUUUAGACAGGCACUGCCUUUUACUCUCCCUAUCCUUCAGAAGUUUGUCCAUACGAGCUGAGCCAUUCGUGAGCGCUCACCAGUGUUGAGUCAGAAACAAGAGCAGACACGUGCGAACGGAGAGGAGAGACUGGAUUUAUUCAAGACAGACUCUUAAGGGGGAAAAAAAGCUGUGUCCUGUCUACAACUGAAACUGAGUAGAGCGUGCCGACUGAGAGGAGAAUACCAACUGACCUGAGUACAGCCGGACAAGUUGAGGUGGAUGAGAUUGCGCCAGCCCUUCCCUGUGGUCAGGUACAGAAAGCCUUUAUCUGUGAAUCUGCGGCAGUACGCCAGACUCAGGGUAAACAGCAGCUGUUCUCCGUCAACAAUAACACUGUUGCCCUCUGACCUAUUGCUUCUGUUUCCAAGUCUGAAGACUUUAAUCACAAACUCCUGCCUUCGCUCAAGCUCUACUUGCUGAAAAUACAACUCCAGCAAGGCUCAAGAUGCGAGUGUUCCCCUCUCUCCUCUUGGCUUCCCUGCUCCUCCUGCUGCUCCCGUCGACCGAGACGAAAAGGCCAGGAAAGGGAAGAGGCCUCAGAGGAGCAAGACAUAAACUUACAAGGGACAGGGUAAAAGGCGCUGGGCGUCACAGCAGAUCAGAUUCCUUAAGGUUUGUGCCAUCAAACUGUUCGGAGUCGACAGAAUCUGGAGAGGUCUAUGUGGACUGUCAGGACCGACGCCUCACCUCCAUUCCCAUGUCAAAGAUGUGGUCCAAAGAACCCAAACACCUACUUCUAGCCCGCAAUCGCAUCAAAGUCCUUCGUGAUGGAGCCUUCUUUGGAUAUGACAGUUUAACGAGUCUGGACCUGCAGCAGAACCAGAUCUCUCUGGUGGAGGACGACACCUUCCAGAGCCUGACUCGACUUACAACCCUGCUGCUGCAGCACAACCGCCUGAGAACACUCAGUGAGGAGGCUCUCAUCCCAAUGCCAAACCUUCGCUACUUGCGCUUAUAUGAUAAUCCCUGGAACUGUGUCUGCCCAUUGGAUAGUCUUGUACGCACUCUUCAGGUGCCAAGCAACCGUAAUCUAGGAAAUCAUGCCAGGUGUGCCGAACCCAUCAGGCUAAAAAACAGGAAGUUGAAGGAAGUUGAUCCCGAGCUACUCUGCAAAGAGUCACCAGCGACCGGCAGCCAACAGGGCAACCAAACGGAUCCUACAGACUCUGUAGAGCCCAGUCCUAUUCGCAGCAAACUAGACGCUACAGCACUGUGCCACACCUAUCUUUUCCCCCAAAUAAGGAUGGACUGCAGGAACCGAGGUCUAAUCAAGGUGCCCACAGGUAUUCCAGAGGAUGUUGUUCACAUCGAUCUGUCCCAUAACGCCAUCCGUCACCUCAGAGCCAAAGAUUUUCACGGAUCAAGAAGCCUCAGAACCCUUAACCUCAGCAACAACAACAUGGAGCACAUCGACACAGGUUCCCUGUCUGGGCUUUUGCACCUUCGUGAGCUGGACUUGUCAGAAAACAGCCUGUAUUUUGUUCAGUACGGAGUUCUUGAAGACCUCUAUUUCCUAUCGCAGCUCAAACUGGGAGGAAACCCCUGGGUGUGUGACUACAGCAUUCACUACAUGGUGUACUGGCUACGUCUGCACCCAGGAGUGAAGCACUCGGGCCUGCUGUGUCGCUCUCCUCCUGAGCACACCGGGGAGAGUGUGGAGGAGUAUGUACAUUCCUACAACAGAGAGUGUCCAAAGGAGAGGCAGUACAGCAGAACAGAUUCAGACCAAACGGACCCUGAGCUCUGGAACACACCGAUGGAAGCACAGGGAGAGCUGGAGGAGGAGCAGGAGCCGAGCCACUUGAGAAUGCCGCAGAAAUACCAGAUUAUCAGGCUGUCCUGACUCAAGUGAAAAUUCACUUUGAAAAUGCUUUUUGUUUCUCCCUCAUUAACUUUCUGUCAGUAUUGUAAAAUAGUCUGCAUCAGAUGGAUAAAAAAAAAACUUUUUUCAUUGCUUUUA